UUUCUGCUCGGCCCCCCAAACAAAUGGCUUACAAUUGACCGUGAUUGCAUUUAUGCGGGAUGUGCUCCUCCUCUCCCUCCUCUUCAGGUUCUUUCUCAAACUUCUGCGCCGGGAGUUGCCAUCGAUUUAUAUGAGAUACAACAGGCAAUUUUUGAUGCUAUGG